UUUUCAUUUCCUUUUCAUGCAAUCCUCUUCUUCCUCUUCCUCCUUCUGGUUUUUUCCUCUCGAAAUCCCGAUACCUACUUGCAGAGGCAAAUAUGUAAUUGAAUAUAUAUUACUAUAUAUACAUAGGUAUAUACCCCCUUUAUAUAUUCAAUUACAUCUGCAUUUUUAUCUUUCAUUCUUUUUUAUCAUUUCCAAGAAUCUCUCUUUUUAGUUACCCAUAUAGCACACACAAUUACGUAACCCAACAAAUUCCCAUAUAGCAAACACAAUUAGGGCCUUUGCUUUUCAGCCAAGCAGAUUCAUAGCAUGAGGGUCCAUCCUAUGUCCAUGAAACGAAACAUUGCUAUUCGUGAAGGUAUUUAUCCGGGUUCAAGUUCGGGUUCCGGGUCUGGUUCGGAUCAGCGGGAACAACUUUUGGCGGUAAUGGAAGGAAACCCAACGAAGAAGCUACGGAAACUGCCGCACGUAUUCGGGAAGGUUCUAGAACUUCCGUUCCGUUCCGAUGCUGACGUGGCGGUGGAGGAAGGGCCGGAAUUCUUCCGUUUCGUGGCGGAGAUGGAAUUUGACGAUGGUGGAGAGAGCGGAGGCGCCGGAGCGGGAGGCGGCGUGAGGGUGCAGGCGGUGGAGAUUCAUCCUGGGAUUACGAAGAUCGUGGUGAGAAAUGGUACGGGAGAUGGCGGUGCCGGCGUCAUCUCCGGCGGCGAAGACGAGUUGUUGUUGGAAGAGCUGAAGGUGGACACGUGGAGGUUCAGGUUGCCGGCGACGACAAAACCGGAGCUGGCCACGGCGGUGUUCGUGGAUGGUGAGUUGAUUGUGACGGUGCCAAAAGUUGAUCGUGGCGGUGGAGAUUUUGCCGACGGUAGGAACGUUUGGGGUGGCGGUGGCCGGGUUGUUCUUGUACAGUAGCCAGAAAAUAAAAGAAAAAGAGACAUUAAUAAGAUUUUUAUUCUCCAAAAAUAAUACUAAUAAUAAAUUGUUGUACAUUAUGGUUGACUCGGGAACUUUAUUCUCCAUGUAUGAAUACUACUAAUAUUCUAUCAUUUGAUUUUA